GUCUACAUACCACAGAAUGACUGUUUACAAAUCAAUAAUUAAUCGACAAAAUAAUACUCUUUAUACCAAUUAGGCUUACUAACAUUUGUAUUUUUACGUUCCAACGUAGUGUCAAUAUCAUCGUCGCUCGUAGUGUUGUAGUAGGGGUUUUCCACGUAUUUAGACUUCUACUUGCCGCCACUAAGUACUUAGCCUACAUUGAGCAAAUUUAAGCCGAUGUUUUCAAUUGUUUAAUAAAUAUGGAGUGUGACGAAGAUGGGGUUUUCAGAUUAGAAGGUAGCCAGAACGAAAAAGGCGGUUUAAUCAUUAAGAAAAAGCCUGUGGCAGGAGCUAAUUUUCAAUUUAAAGUUCCUAAGCCAUCUCUUUUAGGACUGGACAAGUUAGCAGCACAAAGAAGGAAAGAACGUGAAGACUCAGUUGAAAAAGAAACUAAAAAGUCCAAAUUACUGUCUUACACUGAUGAGGAUGACGGUGUAAGUGUAGAAGAAAGUCCUCGCAAGGCAGAAAAGAAAGACAAAAAGAGGGACAAAGACAGACAUUACCGUGAGACUCGCAAUGAGACCCCGUCUCACACGGGAGGUAUCUCACGUGAGGCACGAGAGCGGCAGGAGGCUCGACUGAGACGGGACAGGGAGAAGGGACUUUACACCUCCACCAAGGAUAAGGAAGACAAACAACGAGAGAAUAGAGACAAAGAGUGGGACAGGCGUAGAGAUAAGGAUCGGGAAAGAGACAGAAGCCAUAAAGACAAGGAUAGGAGGAAAUCACAAGAAAGAGACAGAAACAGAGACAGGGACAGGAGUGAGAGGGAAGGCAGCGAAAGACGGAGUGGAAGAGAGUGGUCGGAAACGCCAAGUAUUCGCUUCAAAGAUGAACCUUGGACACCCAAUAUCAAAUCUAAAGAUUCUACAUCAAGGACGUCCUGGGACGAUGAUGACCCGACACCUUCGCGUAAUUCAGCCUGGGAUCUGCCGACACCUCGCACGUACAACAAGGACGAGUCUGACUGGUCGACUCGCAGACCUACUCCAGCCCAUAGAUACAACACCUGGGCCAAGGAUAGGAAACAUUCUGGAGCUACUCCAUUGCCAGGCAAAGAGUCAGAGGUGGCCUGGGGGGGCAGCAGUGACAGGGCUCAGUGGGAAGCCGAGCAGCUGCGGCUAGACAGGGAGUGGUACGCUCUAGACGACGGAGCCGACACUGCCAACAACCCGUUCAGCAACGUCAGCGAGGAGUACGCUCGCAAGAAGGAACAACAACUGGAGCAGCGCAAGAAGAAACGGAUGAGCGCUCAGCAGAGACAGAUCAACAAGGACAAUGAGCUAUGGGAGCGUAACCGUAUGUUGACCAGUGGAGUGGUACAGUCGGUGGAUGUUGAUGAUGAUUUUGACGAGGAGAGUGAGGCUAGAGUUCAUCUGCUCGUACACAACAUCGUGCCUCCAUUCCUCGACGGACGGAUCGUCUUCACCAAACAACCAGAACCUGUUAUACCUGUCAAGGAUGCAUCGUCUGACAUGGCAAUGGUGGCAAGGAAAGGUUCGGCUCUGGUGAGAGUCUUCCGAGAACAGAAAGAACGAAAGAGGGCACAGAAGAAACAUUGGGAACUCGCUGGAACCACAAUAGGAAAUAUCAUUGGUCUUGAGAAAAAGGAUGAAAAGGAUGACAGACAGGGCCAGGACGAUGUGACGGAUUACAAAACAGAUCAGAAGUUUGCUGAACACAUGAAAGACACUCCAGAAGCCAGUAGUGACUUUGCAAAGAAGAAAACAAUAACAGAACAAAGAAGAUAUCUUCCUGUCUUUGCUGUCAGGCAAGAGUUGUUGAAUGUCAUUAGAGAGAACAGUGUGGUCAUCAUUGUGGGAGAGACAGGUUCAGGCAAAACUACACAACUCACACAGUAUCUGCAUGAAGAUGGAUACAGUAAAUACGGCCUCAUAGGGUGUACUCAGCCCAGGAGAGUAGCAGCCAUGUCGGUAGCCAAGAGAGUCAGUGAUGAGAUGGGCUCUAAGCUGGGAGAGACUGUUGGUUAUGCGAUACGUUUCGAGGAUUGUACUUCUGAGGAUACUGUGAUCAAAUACAUGACUGAUGGUAUACUGUUGAGGGAGUCCCUCAGGGAAGCAGAUCUGGACAACUACAGUGCUAUCAUAAUGGACGAGGCUCACGAGAGAUCCCUCAGUACUGACGUAUUGUUUGGACUGCUUAGAGACGUAGUAGCACGCAGACAAGAUCUCAAACUUAUAGUCACUUCUGCUACGAUGGACGCUGGUAAAUUCUCCACUUUCUUCGGCAACGUUCCAACAUACACAAUCCCUGGCCGCACAUUCCCUGUGGAAACGUUCUUCAGCAAGAACCCAGUGGAAGACUAUGUGGACGCUGCAGUUAAACAGGCUCUUCAGAUACAUCUGCAGGGACAAGAAGGAGACAUCCUGAUAUUCAUGCCAGGUCAAGAGGACAUUGAGGUGACGUGUGAAGUUUUGGCAGAGAGACUGGGUGAGAUUGACAAUGCUCCACAGUUGUCAGUGCUGCCUAUCUACUCUCAGCUACCUUCAGACCUGCAAGCCAAGAUAUUCCAGAGGUCCCCUGAGGGACUGAGGAAGUGUGUGGUUGCUACCAACAUUGCGGAAACCUCACUCACAGUGGACGGCAUCAUGUUCGUGGUAGACUCCGGGUAUUGCAAGUUAAAGGUGUAUAACCCUCGUAUUGGUAUGGACGCUCUACAGAUCUACCCCAUCAGUCAGGCCAACGCCAAUCAGAGAUCUGGUAGAGCCGGGAGAACCGGACCUGGUCAGUGUUUUAGGUUGUACACUGAGAGACAGUACAAGGACGAGCUGCUAGUCACAACAGUCCCUGAGAUACAGAGGACCAACCUGGCCAACACUGUGUUGUUGUUGAAGAGUCUGGGAGUGCAAGACCUGCUGCAGUUCCACUUCAUGGACCCUCCUCCCCAGGACAACAUCCUCAACUCUCUGUACCAGUUAUGGAUCCUGGGAGCCUUGGACCACACCGGGUCAUUGACUCCUCUAGGACGUCAGAUGGCAGAGUUCCCUCUAGAUCCUCCACAGUGCCAAAUGCUCAUAGUGUCUGCUGCCAUGGGUUGCACAGCUGACAUACUCAUUAUUGUGUCCAUGUUGUCGGUUCCGUCCAUAUUCUACCGACCCAAAGGAAGGGAGGAGGAGGCAGACUCAGUCAGAGAGAAGUUCCAAGUCCCAGAGUCUGACCAUCUCACUCUGCUCAAUGUCUACAACCAGUGGAAACAGAACAACUAUUCAGCGACGUGGUGUAAUGAACACUUUAUCCACAUCAAGGCCAUGAGGAAGGUGAGGGAAGUGAGACAACAGUUGAAGGACAUUCUGGUCCAACAGAAGAUACAAGUGGUCAGCUGUGGCACUGACUGGGACAUCAUCCGCAAGUGUAUCUGCUCUGCAUACUUCCACCAAGCAGCCAGACUGAAGGGUAUAGGAGAGUAUGUGAACUGCAGGACAGGUAUGCCUUGCCAUCUCCACCCCACCUCUGCACUGUUUGGCAUGGGCUUCACUCCCGACUAUGUGGUCUACCAUGAACUCAUCAUGACAGCUAAGGAGUACAUGCAGUGUGUGACGGCUGUGGAUGGACACUGGUUGGCCGAGCUGGGGCCUAUGUUCUUCUCUGUGAAGGAGACUGGUCGCUCGGGCUCUGCCAAGCGAAGGCAAGCCCUGGAGCACCUUCAUGAGAUGGAGGGUCAGAUGAAGGCAGCUCAGGAAGAGAUCAAGGCGAGACAGGAGGAGGCGGAACGCAAGAACCAGGCCAGCGUCCGGAAGAGUGAAAUAAUAACUCCAGGUGCCCGGGAAGAAGGAACCCCUUCUACGCCUAGGAGAACACCUGCCAGACUGGGCCUUUAAUUUGCCCGUUAAAUGUUCUACAAUGGCCAUUAUUGUACUUCAAUAGCAAUAGUAGAGUUCCUAUCCGUAUCCGGAUACUUUUAUUUGAGCUGUAUAGAUAGACUUUCCUUUUGGAAAGUUGACUUCCUCAGGAGUUACAAGUCAAAACAUCAGGGGUGGAUGAAAAUUGAAAGUCAGACAAGUCUCUUUGAUAUAAAUUAAGUUGUAUUUCACACAUUAAGUAUGUUUCCAUUAUUAAUUUUACUAUUACUACUACAGUGGAACAUCAGUUGUUAGAGGACUAGGGUCCCUGAGGUAACCCCAUCCUGAUUACCAAAAUGACCUUAAAAAAUGUCAGCACAUACUAUUUAAGUAAAAUUUGAAAUUUGUAAAGCCCAUUUGUAAUUAUAAAGAGUCUAAAAUAGAGAUAAAUUUAAAUCAUUUUUUAUGUUCAAGCACUUAAUGAUAUUUAAUAUAGCAACAUGUAUACAAAAAAUAGUAAAAACAUCAGACACUAUUGUG